AUGGCGGAUUUUGAUGAGAUUUACGAGGAAGAGGAAGACGAAGAACGGGCACAGGAGGAGCAGUUGUUGAAAUAUGCACCAGAUCUGGUGGUUGUUCGAGGCUCAGGACAUGUCACUGUGUUUGGACUAAGCAACAGAUUUGAGUCAGAGUUUCCUUCUUCAUUAACAGGAAAGGUUGCUCCAGAAGAGUUUAAAUCCAGCAUCAACAGAGUAAAUAGCUGUUUAAAGAAGAACCUAUCAGUCAAUGUGCGGUGGCUGCUUUGUGGCUGCCUGUGUUGUUGCUGUACAUUAGGUUGCAGUAUGUGGCCAGUUAUUUGCCUCAGUAAGAGAACACGAAGAUCACUCGAGAAAUUAUUAGAAUGGGAAAACAAUAGGUUAUACCACAAGCUGUGCUUGCACUGGAGAUUGAGCAAAAGGAAAUGCGAAACGAAUAACAUGAUGGAAUAUGUCAUUCUUAUAGAAUUUUUACCGAAGACGCCAAUUUUUCGGCCUGAUUAGUGUUUACAGUAUUUAUUUUAAAGAGACUUAAAAAGUGUGUUGUCCUUCCAAUGGUGCCUUGCUUGGUGCACUUCUGAUGAUUAACAUUGGCUUUGCAGUAUCUUCUGGUAUUUUGCCAUCAGUUUUCAUCUAUUAGUGUUCAUAUAUCUUUAACUGCAUCUGGAACGUAACCUGCUUUUCUACUCAUUUGUUAGCAAGACUUGAAUUGCUGCGCUUGAUGAAAUUCACAUUGCACCAACUUGUACACUGCAGUCUGAAGAAAUGGUAUACAGUUGCUCAGAAGUGCAAGAUGCAACUAUGGAGUAUGACAUAUUUUCUCCUGUUUUGCACAACUCAAAGUAUAAGAUUGUUUAUUUUCAUCAGGAUUAUUUCAGUAGUAGUUUAAUUUCCUGAUCUUCACAUACCUCUCAUGAUAAAUGUAAAUGGGUUUCAGAAGGCAUUGUUUUCAUUCUAGAAUAAUGACUUCUAGAAAAGGACACGUUAUGUGCAUGUGCACAUUUAACAGUACAUUAAAGUUAAGUCAGUGACUCGAUUGCAUCGAGAAAUCACAGGCUGCAGCAGACUGUGCAAUUCUGCUGUUGUAGUUUCCAACAAGUGGCAUUUUUCUAAGUAUCUUCUGUACCAGCAUGGGCAGUGCCCUGCAGAUGUUUGCUAUUCUGCUUGAAGGAGAUAGAAGCAUGUGGAUGUAUACCUAAAGUCUCUGUUCACAGUACUGUCAUACCUUGUCAACAGUGCUGUUAUUUAAUGUUGGUUGAUUUUUUUUUACUAACUACCCAUCUUACAGUCCUCUGAACCCCAGUCCUUUCCACCAUGCCCUACACCUGCACAUUUUUGUUUCACCUAUUCCCCUGCAAUUAUGAAUUAAUCAUAACACAUGAUCUGUUUGUCCAUGGAAAAUUGUAUUUUGUUCCCUUUUAGCAGUCAUCUUGGUCUUUUUAACUUCAAGUAGCGUAACUUUGGGCCAUGGCUAGUGAUUAUGGAAAUCAUUCAGCUGUGGAGUACUGUAAUUUUCCAUAUGUUUACUUAAAUAUAAGUUAAUAAGACUACAUUCAAGCAUAUCAGUAAGUACUUGUCCUGAUUUGUGGCCUGUACUGUACUGCUCCCUUUGUAUGUUUAAAACACAUUCUGGCUGUUAUGAUAUACCCCUUACUUGCAUAGCGUUAUUGUUCCUACAUUUCUGUUCUGCCUUAAAAUACUGUUUUUCAUAUAAACCUAUUUCCCUUCAGUAUAAUGUAUUAGAGUUUGGUUGAAUGGCAUUUGUUAAUGUUUCCAUGUAUAUGCUUUCUGUGAGUUUUGGGAUCAUACACUGUACCAUUAUAACAUUCGUCUUCAAUUAAGAAGAAACUGCAGCUGGUUCUGUACAAAGUUUAACCUUGUAACAUAGAUAAGCCAGUAGUGGAAUGUUCAGUAAUAUAGCAACACAAUAAGGAAACUGCCUACCCCUAAUGGUUGCUGCAGCUCAGGAUCAUGAAAAAUGCACUACUACAGUAGUUUGGAUGGAUAACUGUGUUGGUAUCAUAAGCAGUGGCUUUUUAUUUUGCAAUGUUUACCUCUUACUGUGCAUGGGUACAAAAGGUAUUUACUGGUAUUCAAUAUGUUUCAGUAUGGUUGAGUAAGUAAUGUAAUUUUUUUUCUCUUCCUAGCAGUAUGUAUGUCUCACUUUUGACUCAUCCUGUCUCUCUGAAUUACACUGCAGUUUCUUGAAGCCGUACUAGCAAAUGCUUUUAUUGUACCUGUGUGCCAGUCAGUUUUUGUUUACAGUUAAUUUUAUAAAUAAAUCUAUGGAUAGAAAUGUUCGUGUGUAUACAUGUGUGUAGGUAGUUUACACACACAUCUGGCCAAUUAUUUUAACACAGUCAUGUCUACUGAGGUUAAUUUUGUUCUGCAGAAAAAUGGGUUGCAGACAUUAGGUUGGCUGUCUGAGGUCAUUCUGUAUAUCCUUUGUAAGACUUGAAGUUGUAUUAAAAUGUAUAUAAAUAUAUACAUAUAUAUAUAUAUAUAUAUUGGAGGAUAUGUGCCUCUGUCUUAGCUGUGGUAGCCAGCAAUAAUGUGAAUAGUUCACAGCAAAUGUAUCGAGUUGUAACAUUUGUAAUAAAACACACUUUAAAAACUGAUACCUGUGCUUAGCUAGUUGAUUGAAUUCAUUGUGUCUUACAUGGAAGUGCAUGUUUUGCUUUUGUGUUUCUUUAACUAGUUGCUUUCAUAAAUUAAUGCCACUUGAAUAGAUUUCGGAAUGUGUAGGGUUUUCUUUUUGCUCCAUAUAAAUGGAAACUGAGAACUCGUUUUGGAAACUGGUAAUUUGUUUUUCUUUUUACAACAGCAGGUCAUUAGCUGUUAGCCUAAGCCUAUGGCAUCUGCUUUGUUUCAAGUGUAAGAAUUCAUACUUCUAUAUGGAAGUUGUCUUCUAGUUCACUGAUUCAACAGUCAAACAGAUCACGUCAGAUUUUUGAUUUCCAAUGGCAUAUUCUGUGUUCUUUGUAAAAUUAUCAUAAAACUUAAGAUGCUUCAGCAGUUUUUUUUCAGACAGGUCCGUUUAUAAUUUAUAAAGGACCCAGUUUAGAAAUUAUUAGAUUGAAAUGUCAUUGUUGCAUAGUUCUUGAUCAGCUAGAGAAGGAUGAAUCCUUUUGCUCAGAGCUGUAGUUCAGGGGGUUCUGUUUACCUGUUAUACUUCUUGACAUCAUUGUCAGGAAAUGUACCCAAGGCUUUGUUACGUCGAGUACGCGAGCUAAGCCCCAUUGCACAGACUUUGUGAAUAUUUUUAAAGUAUGUAUUGCUCUUAUUCAAGCUUUUAUUAAAAUAGGAUUUUGAAACCUUAAAAUGAGAGCUGCAUUUGUGGCAUUGAUGUAUUACCCAGUGUCGCAUUGUACAGUUGUACAUUUUAUCUGGCAAGCUGUGUAAGUACACUUGCCCACAUGGAUGGUAUUUUUGAUAACUUUAGUGUUUAAAAACAAGUGUUUAAAAAAUGGUACAUGUUGCUUAUUUUACUUGUAUUCUUUAAUAAAGUAUUAUAUUUGAUUUUUAUGAAAUUGUAUGA